AAAGUAAACGAGCCAAUGUAACAUGAUAGCUCCAUUCAACGUUUCAGUAGACAAGCUCAUUUAAUACGGCAAGACGCAAGAGCUUCAAGUCGAGCAUUCAUUAAAAUUUAAAAUCUGCCUUUGUAAACUUGAAGCUUGAAUAUUAUUCAGCAGGUACACGGAGAGGUCUGCGUCGGUGUGGGAGACGAAGCAAUGAAGGUAGCCUUGGUAAUUCUGGUCCUUUCCACCCUAUGCUUUGCCAUAACGCCAACUUUUGCGGCUGUAUCCAUGUCGAGGCCUGGUUGUGAAGAAAAGUGUGGAACUGUCGUCAUUCCCUAUCCUUUCGGAAUUGGUUCCAACUGCAGUGCAAACUCCUUAUUCACAGUCAUUUGCAAAAACUCCACAACACCAUUCUUGAGCAACAUAAACUUGGAAAUAGUAAAUAUUUCCAUGUACGGUGUGGUUAUAGUGAAUCUGCCUGUGUCGCCUAUGAACUGCUCCGGAGGGCAGACAACACGAUCUUUAUUACCUAUAUCACUCACAGGAAGUCCACUUACAAUCUCAGCAUACUACAACACGUUUGUUGUUCUAGGCUGCAAGAUUUCAGUGUGGUUGCAUGAUAAUGAAACCAGAGUUGGAGGAUGCAUGGCUCUGUGUGAUGCUAAUUCGACAGACGUCAGUUGUAACGGUGUAAAUUGCUGCGAAACAUCAAUUCCAAGACGAGUCCAAGAGUUUGAGUUUACUUACCAAGCCAGCAAUAGCAGUUCCUGUGGGUAUGCUUUUCCAGUUGACAAGAAAUGGUUGCGGAAUGGGGAUUACAAAAUGUAUAAAGGCCUUGUGAGUGAUCUGUCCAAUCCAUUCGAUCACGAAUUUGGAUUUGUACCUUUGGUACUUGAGUGGGAACUUGGUAAUGAAACUUACGGUCAUUGUCAUACAAAUAGAGAUAUUUUCUUUCGUGACAUUACUAGUUGCCUGAGAAAUACUGAUCCAUACGGAGACAGCAACAGCGGUUAUGCUGAUUAUUUUCGAUGCAGCAGGUCUUUGUCAGAUUAUUUUCGUUAUUAUAGUCAAUAUGAGUAUGUAUCUUCAAGAAGAUAUUGCGCAUGCUAUACAGGAUGGGAAGGAAAUCCAUAUAUAGUUGACGGAUGUAGAUAUGUUGGAGAGUUUGGAGAGUACCCAAAAACAGAUGACUACUAUAACAGUAAUAGAGGUGAUCGCCAUAACAGUAAUAGAUCUCUAGCCAUCAUUAAAAUAACAUCUAUUGUUAUUGGUAGUGUGGUUGGUGCGCUGAUUUUGCUCACUGUGGCUUGGAAGUUUGGAAAAGCUAUUACAGAGACAAUUAAGGCUAUCAAGGCUAGCCGCAAAUACAUGUUUUUUAAGCGAAAUGGAGGCAUUUUGUUGGAGCAACAGUUGGUUGCAAUUGAGAAUGGCAUUGAGAAAACCAGAUUGUUUAGUUCCGUUGAGUUGGCAAAAGCCACUGAUGAUUAUAAUGAGAAUCGAAUAGUUGGUCGUGGUGGUGAAGGUGUCGUCUACAAAGGAAUGUUGGAAGAUGGAAGAAUAGUGGCAGUGAAGAAGUCGGAGAGAGUAAACCAAGGUGAUGUGGAAGACUUCAUUAAUGAAGUUGUGAUUGUAUCACAAAUAAACCAUAGGAAUGUGGUGAAGUUGUUGGGGUGCUGUCUGGAAAGUGAAGUUCCUCGUCUUGUGUACGAGUUCAUCCCCAACGGCACACUUUUCUCUCACAUCCAUCAUCCACAUGACGAUUUCCCCUUAUUUUGGGAAAUGCGGGUCAGAAUUGCCAAGCAAGUAGCCGGAGCAUUAGCCUACUUGCACUCAGCUGCAUCUGUUCCCAUCUAUCACCGCGAUAUCAAGUCAACCAACAUACUUUUGGAUGAAAAAUACCGUGCUAAAAUAUCAGAUUUUGGUACAUCAAGAUCAAUUUCUCUUGAUCAAACUCAUGUGACCACACGAGUCGUAGGCACAUUUGGGUACUUGGAUCCGGAGUACUUCCAAUCAAGCCAGUUCACAGAAAAGAGCGAUGUGUACAGUUUUGGCGUGGUGUUGGUUGAGCUUCUAACAGGGGAGAAAGCAAUAUCUGCUGUUAGAGUUGAAGAAGGAAGGGGUCUGGCGAUGCACUUCCUGCAUUCAAUGGAACAAAAUAAAUUAUUUGAGAUUGUUGAUGCGAGGGUAGUGAGAGAGGGUGAAAGGGAAGCAAUCAUGGCUAUGGCCGGAAUUGCUAAAAGAUGCCUGCAUUUGAAUGGCAAGGGCAGGCCAACAAUGAAGGAAGUUUCACGUGACUUGGAAGCAAUCCAAGUAGAGAAAGACGGAGCAGAAAAUCAGAUGGAAAGCAGUGGCGGCAAUUCUGACUCUGAUUCUGAUGGCUUCUCUUCCAUCUCAGAACAAUGAGUCUUGACAAAUAUUGGUUUGAGAAGUUAAAGUAGUAAGUGUCUCCAUAGCUUCAUUUUCUUAAUCUUCCAGCUGUUUGCAUUCCGUGUGUUUGUUUUUGUAAUAUUAGUGUUGAAUGUUGCUUCUUAUGGAAUUGAAGUUUUCGUACGUAGUAUAUUCUUUUGUUUGCUCUAUUUUUCUCUGUUUUGUCCUUUUCUGUAACUUUGAAAAACUUGGAGGGGUCAGUUUGUAAUUUCCAAAAAGUUCAGUGAUGAUGAAAUUGCAAAUACCAUUAUACCAAGGUUUCGAAUUUCGGAAAA